AUGCGCACUACCACCCUCAUCACUGGAGCCGCCCUGGCUGCCACCGCAUUUGCUGGUCCCAUCUUCAAGCGCGACCUGGAGAUCGACACCGUCUAUGAUGUCGCCUAUGAGACAGUCUACGUUACCGAGACCGAGGGCGUCACUGUCCCCGUCACUGUUGCCGCAGAGCAGCCUGCCCCUGCUGCCACGACUGAGGCUGUCGUGACUUCUCAGUACUACGGCCACCGUCACUCGUGGUCCGCACCUGCUGCUGAGUCGUCGGCUGCCCCUGUCGUGACUGUGGUCACCAGCGAGGCUCCCGCUGUCACCGUCAUCAGCACCGUCGCCGCUCCCUCUGGCAAGGCUACUACCUACCAGGAGAUCGUCCUCGCCCACCACAACGUCCACCGUGCCAACCACUCGGCAUGCAACCUCGAGUGGGAUUCGCAGCUUGCUGCCACCGCCCAGCAGAUCGCCGCCACUUGCGUCUACGCCCACAGCAUGAACGUCAAUGGUGGUGGUUACGGCCAGAACAUCGCCGCUGGUGUUGAAGCUAACAACGUCUCGGCUGUCAUCACUGAGCUCUUCUACAACGGCGAGGUUAACUACUACAACAACCUUUACGGCCAGGCCAACCCCGACAUGACCAACUUCGAGAAGUGGGGCCACUUCUCUCAGCUCGUCUGGAAGGGUACUACCAAGGUCGGCUGUGCCACUCAGUACUGCUCUGGUGGUCUUGCCAACGUCGGUCAAUACGUCGCACCUUACUUCACCGUCUGCAACUAUGGUUCUCCUGGUAACUACGCUGGUGAAUACGCCGACAAUGUUGGUAACUCGCUCAACCACCCCACUCAGAACUGGUCCUACGACCUGUAA